GCCUACGGCGCUAGUGCCUACUCCCUGUAUGGCUGGGGAUCAGGCUACAGGAGCUGGAACGUCUCGCACCCGGACUUAGGCCUGGCCUGCCAGCCCGGCACGGUUUUUGCUGAUGCUUACCAGGGGUACCAGUACGCGCAGCGCGACUACGCCACAGAGAAGCCGGAGAAUUACAUGGCCUUCGUGCAGCAGCACGUCAGGGAGGGUAAGAACGGCACGGAGGUGAUCCUCAGCAAUAACAUGUGUCAAGACCGACACGUUGAUGAUCUGCUCCUUUGCAUCGAGUCCUGGCUUGCACGGCAGUAUGGACGAAGCGGCGCCCAGCCGUGGCAGCUGGGAACUGUGGAUCUCUCGUUGAACGGGCUGUCCGACGACAGCGUCGCCCGCAUUGCGGACCGGCUUCGGCAGCUGCAUGUUCGAGUACGAUGCUUGGACUUGACGGGAAACAAAGCCGCGACGAAAGGCCUCGCGGCAUUGGAAGCCUAUCUCUGGAACUGCUCGGAGCCGUUUCAAGAGAUCUCUCUUGCAGACAACGAGAUUCCUGUGGAGGCCGGCUCAGGCGAGGAGAAUCCGGUCUCCUCCUUCCUGCGCUGCCUUUACAACCACCCAAACUAUCCGCGGAAGACCAGUUCCGACGCCGGCGUCUUGAUCCACCCUCUUGUUCUCCGCCUGGGAAAGAACCGGAUCGGGGACCUUCCGGGGCUCCUCCGAGACAUCCGGAGCAAGGUGGGCGGCCGGGCCCGCUUCUGCCGGUCCGCGGAGGCCUACAAAGAGCCCGAGUCGGAGGAGUUCCUGUCCGUGCACAUCGCGGACCUGCCCGAAAGCGGAGAAGCGGAAGACCCGGAGACAGCCGAGGACUCGGCCUGGAAGCGGCGCCAGCGCCGCCGCAAGGCGAAGGAGCUGAGCGCCAAGGACGAGAAGGACCCAAAGGAGAGCCCGAAGUCUGAGGAGAGCGAGGAGGAGAAGCCUCGCAAGACGGAGGAAUCCAAGGAAGGCAAGAAGAAGAAGGCGAAGAAGGAGAACGGGAAGACCAAGAAGAAAAAGAAGAAGAGAAGCAAGCGGAAUGUCUCGGAAGAGGAGAACGGCAAGGAGCAGACGCAGACAGGUCCCGGUUCGGAGGCGGAAACGGAGGAAGGCGAGGAAGAGAACAGCGACGAGGUCGCGGACGCGACGGAGCUGGGAGUGGCCUCCGAACCCGAGGCCGUCGAGCCGGAGGUGGAGGAGGUGGAGGAGGCGGAGGAGGUGGAGGAGCCGGAGGUUCCUUCGAAAGAAGCCGAGGGCCAGGGCUCCUCCCA